GUCAACUUACCGACGGUUCAACGUGACAGCCUGGGGGCUUUUGUUUAUACUGGAAUGGCGGUCUUUCAUUUUAUUCUGAGCUGGGCUGCUCAAAUUCUGAUACUUCUCCUCAUUCUAAGUUGCUUUGCCUUUCUCGGCUUUUGCUGUUAUAUUAAACACAUUCAUGACAAAUACGACCACAUACCUGGACCACCGAGAGACAGUUUCCUCCUUGGACACUCUCCAUCGAUGCUAAAAGUGAUGAAAGGUGGCGGAAACGUGCAUGACAAAUUCAAGGAAUGGGUUGAGGCAUGUGGGCCAGUUUGCAGGAUAAAUAUUCUACAUUACAUUAUACUCCUUGUGACCUGCCCAGAGACAACCAAGGAAGUCCUGUUGUCCCCAAAGUACCCUAAGGACAAAUUCCUGUACAAGAGACUCUUCUACCUCUUCAGUGAAAGGUUCCUGGGUAAUGGUCUGGUAACAGCACAGGACCAUGGAGUGUGGUAUAAACAGCGGCGGAUCAUGGACCCUGCUUUCAGCAGCUUGUAUUUGAGAGGUCUUAUGGGCACCUUCAAUGAGAGGGCAGAGAAAAUGAUGACUAAACUUGCGGAAAUGGCUGAUAACAGAACAGAGGCCAAAAUGCUACACCUAUUCAACAGUGUAACCCUUGAUGUUAUUGCUAAGGUUGCUUUCGGUGUGGAUUUAGACCUGCUGCAGAAUAGUUCACCCUUCCCUAAAGCCAUAGAGGCAUGCCUGAAAGGGAUGACGUACUACAUUAGGGACAGCUUUUUUGAGUACAAGCCAAAGAAUCGCCAAUUUGUUAAUGAAGUCAGGGAAGCGUGCCGCCUGCUGCGAACUACUGGAGCAAAAUGGAUCAAUGAGAGACAGACAAGCGUGAGAAACGGUGAUGAUGUCCCCAAGGAUAUCCUCACACAAAUCAUCAAAACUGCUGGCAAAGAGGAGAACAUGUCUAAAGAAGAUGAAGAGUUUAUGGUGGACAACUUUGUGACAUUUUUCAUUGCAGGGCAAGAAACAACAGCUAAUCAACUGGCUUUUUGUGUCAUGGAGCUUGGAAGAAACCCUGAUGUCCUGGAGAAAGUGAAGAAAGAGGUGGAUGAUGCCAUGGGGAUGAAACAGGAGAUCAGUUAUGAAGAUCUGGAGAAACUGGUCUAUCUUUCACAGGUGCUCAAAGAAACUCUGAGGAUUUACCCAAUAGGUGUUGGCACAUCACGUGAUAUACCAAAUGAUAUUGUCAUCGAUGGUAUCCAUGUACCUGCAGGAGUCACGAUUUUUUUCAACUCCUACAUCACUGGGAGGAUGGAAAAAUUCUUCAAGGAUCCGCUGAAGUUUGAUCCAGACAGAUUUCACCCUGAUGCUCCAAAGCCUUAUUACUGCUACUACCCCUUUGCUCUUGGCCCGCGUAGAUGCCUCGGACAAACCUUUGCUCAGAUGGAGGCUAAAGUGGUGAUGGCCAAGCUGCUCCAGAGAUUUGACUUCACCCUAACGCCAGGACAGACCUUUGACGUCCAGGACUGUGGCACACUCAAGCCAAAGAGUGGAGUGCUGUGCUCGAUCAGAUACAGAGAUUACAAGAAAGAAAAGAAAGAACAAUAAGGAAACAGGAAACAGAGAGAGACAAAUUCUAACUCUACGAUGCUUUUUUUAUAAUGAUAUUGGAUGUAUGUACACAUGAACUUUUAUACUGAUUUUAAUGUUCUUUACAGGGAUGACAGUUUGGAAAACUUUUUCACUUUUUACUAUAACAACAAAAAAAAGAUCCUUUAUUUCUUUUCAGAGUUAAGUUUUUAGACCUGACCAAUCACUGUUUAUAACCACUGAGACUUUAUGCAUCUUUAUUUUAACACUAAUGCUCUGAACAAAUCGCUUGCACUGAUUGAGAUAACUUUAAUAAAUGGUUUAUUAGCA